GUCUGCGUGUCCCGGAAGUGAGUUGAUUCAGUAUUUCCGGAUUGUGUGAGAGAUGAUGAGACAGGACAGUAAUGAUGAGACCGAGGAUGUAUCUCUGUUUGAUGCAGAGGAUGAGGGUUCAAGGAAACCUAAGAAGAAAAAAAUAAGACAUCCUAUCGCCUCGUUUUUCCACCUGUUCUUCCGCGUCAGUGCCAUCGUUGUCUACCUGCUCUGUGAGUUGAUCAGUAGCAGUUUUAUCGCAUGUAUGGUGUCCAUCAUCUUGCUACUCUCAUGCGACUUCUGGACAGUGAAGAACAUCACAGGGAGGCUAAUGGUCGGGCUGCGCUGGUGGAACCAGGUAGAUGAUGACGGGAAAAGCCAGUGGGUGUACGAGUCUCGGAAGGCAGCGCAAGGAAGCAAAUCUGUUUCUGAAGCAGAGUCGCGCAUUUUCUGGCUGGGACUCAUCACUUGCCCAAUUAUAUGGGUGAUUUUGGCCUUUAGUGCCCUGUUCUCCUUCAAAGUGAAGUGGCUGGCUGUAGUCAUUAUGGGAGUGACUCUGCAGGGAGCAAACCUCUACGGAUACGUGAAAUGCAAAGUGGGCAGCCGUAAAAACCUGACCAGUAUUGCCACAAGUUACCUUGGGAGCCAGUUCCUCAAACAGACAUUAGCAAGAGAUCCAGCGGAAUCCUGAAUAUGGACUAAACUUAUUAUAUUUCUACUGGUGAAUAGACAGAAAUAUUUUUGAUCUUUACUACUUUUUUUGAGUUCCCAUAAAUUCUCUUUGGGUUCUAAGGUUCCUCUGAGUGUGACAGGGACAAUGUCCUUGUUAACUUGUACCGGUCCACUGGGACCCAGGUAUCUGAGUUGUAGACAAUUUUUAUUUUAUUUACAAGUUAUGACUGGUUGUGACAUCUGCUCUAAAAUGGAAAACAUCUGCUGUUUGUGAAAAAGACGGAAUUUGCACUACAAGAAUUUUUAUUGUUCAAGCAAAUGGACAUGGAAAAAAAAACAAACAAAAAAAACUGCUGUUCUGGAUAACAAUUGUAAAUAUGUAUUUAUGGGUGGAAAUUAAGUGCAAUACUGUAUUGUACUAAUGGGAGAAAUAAAACUAUUUCCAAGGUU